GCCAGAAGAGAUGGCCAGGUUAGAGCUACGACUGGAGUGAGCAUGGAUGGCUGGGCACAGCAUGAAGCCCCGGUUGCAGUGGUUACCGGAGCAUCGAGAGGGAUCGGGAGAGCCAUAGCUGUGGCUCUUGGCAAGGCAGGGUGCAAGGUAGUUGUGAACUAUACCAAGUCUGGUAUGGAAGCUGAAGAAGUGUGCAGAGAGAUUGAGGAGUACGGUGGGACAGCCAUCUCUUUCUCCGCCGACGUGUCCAUGGAAGCCGAUGUCGAAUCCAUGAUGAGAGCGGCAAUCGAUACUUGGGGCACUCUGGACGUGCUGGUGAACAAUGCAGGAAUCACACGAGAUGCGUUGCUGAUGCGGAUGAAGCGGGCGCAAUGGCAGGAAGUGGUCGACGUGAACCUCACCGGCGUGUACCUCUGUGCCCAGGCCGCGGCGGCAGUCAUGACGAAGAGGAAAAAGGGAAGGAUCAUCAACAUCGCGUCGGUUGCCGGGAUCAUCGGCAACAUUGGGCAGGCCAACUACUGCGCUGCCAAGGCCGGCGUGAUCGGAUUGACAAAGGCCAUGGCCAGGGAAUACGGUAGCAGAAACAUAAAUGUGAAUGCGGUUGCGCCGGGCUGGGUCGCGUCCGAUAUGACAGCAAAACUAGGCGACGACAUCGAAAGAAAGGCACUCGAGACAAUACCAUUAGGACGGUUCGGCAAGCCAGAAGAGAUCGCUGGUCUGGUAGAGUUCAUGGCCGUUCAUCCGGCUGCAAGCUACAUGACCGGGCAGGUGCUCCCGGUUGAUGGUGGACUGUCCAUUUAAGUGCAACUAAAACAGAACCACCACAAGGUGUCCCUGACAGUGUUCCAUGCCUUUGCGCCAGACUUGUAAAACAGUAGCUACUUUUCGUUGGGUACAAGUUUUUUUUAGAUGGGGUACAAGAAAGUUGUAGUCUAGAAGUUCAACCCUAC